UCUCUCAUCCGAAAGUAAACACACACACAAAACACGAGCUAAAAAAAUCCAAAAGGAAGCUCUAUCUCACCAAUGGCAGCCAUUUCAUCUCCCACAAUCACAGCAUCGCUCGCCACAAACCCAUCACUAAAAUUCACUUCUCUCUCUUCCUCCAGCUCAGUCUUCUUCAGCUACAACAUCAGCAACCGGGUCAAACUCGGGCUCGAUUUGGACCGACCCAGAAGAUCCAACAGAAAUGGGUUCUCCUGCAACUGCCUCUUCGGCCUCGGCGUGCCGGAGCUCGUCGUAAUUGCCGGCGUGGCGGUGAUACUUUUCGGCCCCAAACAGCUGCCGGAGGUCGGCCGUAGUAUCGGCAAGACAGUCAAGAGCUUUCAACAGGCGGCAAAGGAAUUCGAGACGGAACUGAAGAAGGAUCCGGAACCUUCUGGAGAAGAGCCUAAGAUUACUACAGCCAGCGAAGAGAAGCAGCAAGAAGAUGCUAAAGUGUCGAGCACGAAAGAGAGUUCUUGAAUUUUGAGAUAUGUUUGAUGUGGUUGUUUGGAAUUUGUUGUAGCAAUUUGUUUCCUUAUCUCCAAAAACCUUAUAUGUCUUGAAUUCGAUUUUGCUAUGUUUAGUAAUUUUCGUCGAUAAGUUAUAUUUUUUAUUUUUUUAUUUAUAAAUUGGUCUCAUAAGACCUUACAAAGGUAGUAACUGGAACAUAAUUUUCAAAUUCCGUCGAUUCUGAUUCGAACGUCUUUUAUUUAUGGAACAAUACUUUAUAAUAAUCCUGAAUUAUUAUUUUUUUU